AUGGUAGGACCUUACUCCUGCAAGAACUGGAGCUUAGAAUAUGAUGGACGCUUGACAUUUUAUCCAGGAAAUCAGACUGUGGAUUUGCCUUUCAUAAAUUUUAUGAGAAGAUACGGCACUGUCUUUCUCAAUGCCUAUACCAAUUCUCCAAUUUGUUGUCCUUCCCGUGCAGCUAUGUGGAGUGGUCUUUUCACUCAUUUAACAGAAUCUUGGAAUAACUUCAAAGGUCUAGAUCCAGAUUAUGUAACGUGGAUGGAUCUCAUGGAGAAGUAUGGCUACCACACACAGAAGUAUGGGAAAUUGGACUAUACUUCUGGACAUCAUUCAGUAAGUAACCGUGUGGAAGCCUGGACUAGGGAUGUUGACUUCCUGCUCCGGCAAGAAGGGAGACCCAUGGUAAAUCUUACUGGUGAUAGGAAGCAUGUGAGAGUGAUGGAAGCAGAUUGGCGGAAUACUGAUAAAGCAGUAAACUGGAUAAAGGAAGAAGCCGUUAACUUUACUCAACCAUUUGCUCUUUACUUGGGACUAAAUUUACCACACCCAUAUCCAUCACCCUAUGCGGGAGAAAAUUUUGGAUCCUCUACAUUUUUAACAUCUCCCUAUUGGCUUGAAAAGGUAACUUACGAAGCUAUUAAAAUACCCAAGUGGUCUUCUCUUUCAGAGAUGCAUCCAGUAGACUAUUACUCAUCUUACACCAAGAAUUGCACAGGAGAGUUUACAAAGCAAGAAGUGAGAAAUAUUAGAGCGUUUUAUUAUGCUAUGUGUGCGGAGACAGAUGCCAUGCUGGGUGAGAUUAUUUCAGCUCUGAGAGAUACUGGGCUUCUUAAAAAAACAAUCGUUAUAUUCACUGCAGAUCAUGGAGAACUUGCUAUGGAACACCGGCAGUUCUAUAAAAUGAGCAUGUAUGAAGGAAGUUCCCAUGUUCCGCUUUUGGUUAUGGGGCCAGGCAUAAAAAAACAGCAACAAGUACCAAAUGUGGUAUCUCUCGUGGAUAUAUAUCCUACUAUGCUUGAUAUAGCAAGAAUUCCUGUCCCACAGAACCUCAGUGGAUAUUCUCUUAUACCGCUGCUAUGUGGAAAGGCUGAAAAUGAAGCGUCACCCAGAGGGCCUCGGCCCUCGUGGGUGUUGAGCGAGUUCCACGGAUGCAACGUGAAUUCUUCCAUCUACAUGCUUCGAACUGGCAAAUGGAAAUAUAUUGCAUACUCAGAUGGCCAUUCAGUACUUCCACAACUCUUUGACCUUACUGCCGAUCCAGAUGAGCUAACAAACGUUGCCAUAAAAUUCCCAGUAACUGUACGUUCUUUGGACAAAAUACUCCGCUCUAUAGUAAACUAUCCAAAGGUUUCUUCUUCUGUUAAGGAGUAUAACAAAAGACAGUUUAUCAGUUGGAAACAAAGUUUGGGUCAGAAUUACUCAAAUGUUAUUGCCAACCUUAGAUGGCAUCAGGACUGGUUAAAGGAACCAAAAAAAUACGAGAAUGCAAUUGACAAGUGGCUUAGUCAAAGUAAGUAAAUAAAAACAACCUAUAUUUAAUACGACUGAGGAUAUGAAAACAUUCUGCAUUUGAAGUAUUACGCUGUAUUUCAAGUGUUAGAAUUACUAUCUUAUAUAAGCUAUUGAAAGCAAAGAUGCCCGAACAAUUACCGCUUUGUGUUAGAAAGCCAAAAGCAUUUUAUAUAACUAGGCAGCACAAAAAAAUCUAGGUUUUUACAUGUUACAAUUCUAUAACACUUAAGUAUAUAUAGGAAGGAUAUUGCAUAUAUGCAAUACUUAGCUGGUUGCAAAAAUGCAGAGUAUUAAGAAUUAAAACUCAACAGGACUUCCCAUUUCUAAGGACUGACUAAAGCAAGGAUUAUAAAAUUUAGUGUAGUGGGAUACCAAUUACAGUGGAGUGUGCUGGAGCCAACUUUCCAUCAAAUGCACAUAUCCAUAUGAAGGCUCAUUUAGCAGGGAAAAGAAUAAACAAACUGGUCACUUUCCAGAGGUCUGGACAGAACGCAGAACAUUGUAUGGAAUAUAGCAAAAUAAAAUUAUGGUGAAC